GGUGUGGUGGUGUUGGCGCAUGCGUGUCGUUGGACGGUGUUUGUGUGGCCGAGGACCUGAUCAUGGCGAGUUCCGGGAGGAAGCGCAUCCUGAAGGAGGAAGACAUCUCCAAGGUGGAGUUCGAGACAAGUGAGGAGGUCGAUGUCACUCCCACGUUCGACACCAUGGGCUUGCGGGAGGACUUACUGCGGGGGAUCUACGCGUACGGCUUUGAAAAACCAUCAGCAAUUCAGCAAAGAGCCAUCAAGCAAAUAAUCAAAGGGAGAGACGUCAUUGCUCAAUCCCAGUCUGGUACAGGGAAGACUGCAACAUUCUGCGUGUCAGUAUUACAGUGCUUGGACAUUCAGGUUCGUGAGACCCAAGCUUUAAUAUUGGCACCAACACGGGAACUUGCAGGGCAGAUACAGAAGGUCCUCCUUGCUCUUGGUGACUAUAUGAAUGUACAAUGCCAUGCUUGUAUUGGAGGUACCAAUGUUGGAGAAGACAUUCGGAAGUUGGACUAUGGACAGCAUGUAGUUGCUGGUACUCCAGGGCGUGUAUUUGAUAUGAUCCGAAGGCGAAGUUUGAGGACACGUGCCAUCAAAAUGUUGGUUCUUGAUGAAGCAGAUGAGAUGCUGAACAAAGGUUUUAAGGAGCAGAUCUAUGAUGUGUACAGGUAUUUACCCCCAGCCACACAAGUAAUUCUGAUCAGUGCAACACUGCCUCAUGAAAUCCUGGAAAUGACCAAUAAGUUCAUGACUGAUCCGAUCAGAAUCCUUGUCAAACGUGAUGAGUUGACCUUGGAAGGAAUCAAACAGUUCUUUGUAGCAGUUGAAAGGGAGGAGUGGAAAUUUGAUACAUUGUGUGACUUGUACGACACACUGACCAUUACUCAAGCUGUUAUAUUCUGCAAUACAAAACGGAAGGUGGACUGGCUCACUGAAAAAAUGAGAGAGGCCAAUUUCACAGUGUCAUCAAUGCAUGGUGACAUGCCACAAAAGGAGAGGGAGUCCAUCAUGAAGGAAUUCCGUUCUGGGGCAAGUCGAGUGCUCAUUUCAACAGAUGUUUGGGCACGAGGAUUGGAUGUCCCUCAGGUCUCAUUAAUCAUAAACUAUGAUUUACCAAAUAACAGAGAGUUGUAUAUCCACAGGAUUGGUCGAUCGGGUCGAUAUGGCCGGAAAGGUGUGGCUAUCAACUUCGUUAAGAAUGAUGACAUUCGUAUACUGCGAGAUAUUGAACAAUACUAUUCUACACAGAUUGAUGAAAUGCCAAUGAAUGUUGCUGACCUUAUUUGAAGGAAGUGAAAGACCAGAGGACCUGGAUGGGCAGCGGAUUGCAUUUCUUUAGUUCAAAACAAACACUUCACAUUAUAUAAGGAUAAGGACCUUGUUUGUGUAUCUCCUAGCUUUGUCAAUUUUGGAUCUUUCUUUCAUUGCCAAGUGGUUUUGUAAACCACUGUUAUUAGUUUCUUUUGUUAAACAGGGGAUUACUAGGUUUUUAUUUGCAACUAUUAAGUACAGAAUUUUGAACUCAUCUGUAAUUUUAGUGAAAUACUUUGUAUGGAUACCAUUAUCUUCAUUAAAGUUUGAUAUUAAUAUCCUUUAA